GUGCACCGAAAAAUGGUUUAUAAACACAGCUAAAGUAUUUGUUUAUAAUAUCAAUUAAUUAUAAUGCUAUCUGCAUACCACGAUCUCUAACGACAGGUGUAUCCGUGGUUGCCGGCACGGCAUAUAACAUGCGUCUAUGGUAUAAAACAAUCGGCAGGCCUGGAUUCCUGGACCUAUGAUCUAUGGUUCUAUCCCGGUAAACUUAUCUAUGGUACCUGGUUUUUUUUAAACUAUUUUGGAUAAAUCUUGGAAUUUUAAAAUAAAAACUGAUAAUAAUGCAUAAAAUUCCUAUUUGGCAAAUCUCUCUGAUAUUCUGCUUAGUGUCCUGAAAAAGACAAUUCAAAUUCAUAUAUGAUGUAUGAAACCUAGUUUUAUCUUGUAUAAACUGCUGGAGGCAUGGUAAAAUGGGUUAAAUGUUAACUCACAAUCACAAUGACUGAGUGAUAUUUACAAUGAAUUCAGGCUUUUGACGUUCAUCAAACCAGUGUGAUGUAAUUGUUCGUUAAUAAUAAAAAUAGUGCAGAAAAAUGUACUGGAGAAGGAUAUAUGCAUAUGAUGCUAGAAAGGACGAUGUAAACGUUCCUGCACCAACACCAACUGAUCAACCAGCCGAAGAGUUUUCAGUAGAGAAAAUCUUAGAUAAAAGAAGCAGAAAUGGAAAAGUGGAGUAUCUGUUGAAAUGGAAGGGUUACAAUGAUGAGGAUAAUACGUGGGAACCUGAGGAAAAUCUUGAUUGUCCUGAUCUUAUAGCUGCCUAUGAAUCUCAGUUUGAAACAAGCUUACGGGACACCGAAGACAAGAAUAAAAUAAAGAUUAUCAGUGAAGAUAGCAGAGCCAGAGGGUUCGAUAGAGGUUUAGAACCGCAUAAAAUUCUUGGGGCGACCGAUGCAAGUGGGGAACUUAUGUUUCUAAUGUUGUGGAAAAAGUGUAAAGAGGCUGACUUGGUGCCAGCCAGCCAGGUGAACGUGAGAUGUCCAGAAAUUGUUAUAAAUUACUAUGAAAACAAGAAAAUUUGGCACACUAAGCAGACUUUUAAACUGUGCGAUCUCUCUGUGCUUCGUAUUUCAUUUUCUACAACAGUAUCCCCUAGCGGUAGAGUCUUGAUCUUGUCAGCAAAUGAAUAAUGAUUUAGUGUCCCAAAUCAGAUUUAGAACUUCCAAUGGGCGUACCACCAAGGACACCAAGGGUCGAACAUUCUGCUCUGCAAAUGGACGUCUUACACCAAGCAUCAACCGUUGAUAAUAUAUAUUCAUAGUUCUACCGUAUUCUGUACUUAUUUACUUUGUUUUAUGCUUAUAUAUUUUUAAUGUCAUUUAAAUGUGUAAAAUAUGUGAAAU